UUGAUGAAAUAACGUGUUUAAUUCUUUGGGAACUUCAUUUUUCUCUUUAUCAGUCAUAUUAUAAAAUAAAAUAUUUAUUAUAAAACAAAAUAGUAAUUUAUAAAAUCAUGGCUCUGUGGAUUGGUAUACAAUCAUCCAUACGUAGAAUUAUUUUAGCCGAAGCUAGGACCAGUGUUCGUUUCUACUGUGAGCCGGCCGACAAUGGUGAAGGCGAGGAGCAAAAACCGAUCGAUCCAGCUAAAGAUAGGACCAAAAUUAUUCCCCCAGAAACCAGUAUAAGAUAUAUGCAAAGCAAAGCCUACCAACAAACUUAUGGGGAGAAACCAGUAUGGUUUUUGUACAGACGUAACCACAAAGGUGCUUUUGCUCCAAGAAAGACGAGAAAAACUUGUGUGAGGAACGGUAUUAUAUCGACAGGAAACCCUUGUCCCAUUUGCAGGGAUGAAUAUCUGGUUUUAGAUCACAGGAAUACUAAAUUACUGGAACAGUUUAUUUCGGAGCACACUGGACAGAUACUGGAUGCAUUCAAGACAGGACUCUGCCGAAAGAAGCAGAAAGAGCUCCUAGUGGCCAUUGAACGAGCUUGGGACCAAGGAAACCUCACAUAUGAUGUGCCAUUCAGGGAAUAUGACUACUCCUUAUAUUACAAGAAACAAUUAACACAGUAAAGGUUGUAUUUCACAUUUUAUUGGUUAUAUUAUCUUAAUGUAGUCAAGCAUUCUAUAAUUGCAGGUUUGUUUUAGUAUAAAUAUAUUUUUCUUAAGUAUGGCACUACUGUUAAUUGCAAGACAUAGUAUUAGUAUCACAAGAAAAUAAAAUGUACACAGUUGUGUAAUUUGUUUUUUAA